CCCAGGAUAGCUUCCCAUCUCGCAACUGCUGCUCCUGCUCCGGCUGCUAUCCCAGCUACCAGCUAACGCAGUGUGUAAUCAAGCUUAGAUUUCUCUUUCAACCCUGGGACCGGUUCCGCGCUGGGAGCUUCUGACUCCAACUCUGCUUUCCUCGGCCCGAAAUGUUGGCGCAUUUGCGAACCGAUCGGUAGCAUGAAAGCCGUCCUGCCAGGAAAGCCCGAGUCCAGGCCCCAGGCUCUCUCCACAGGCUACUGGGACUCCAGGCGUAUCACCACCUACAUAACCGGCAAUGCCUUCGCUAUCCUCUCCGACCCCGACAUCCUGAUCCAGACCGUCUACGACGACGACAACGAACAGCCAUUGGAAGCUAUUGCGCUCGAUGAGACUUCGGGGGAAAUCGCAGUUGCCACCAGGAAUUCCGUCCGAAUUUACCGGCCAUUUGGCCUUGAGGAAGACGCCUUGAAGUGGGCUCUUCAGUCAACCUUUGCCCUCCAUCAUGAGGCUGGAGAUUUCGAUCCCUCCUAUUCCGCAUCCCUCUCUUGGGGAAGAUCGGAAGAGCUUCUUGUUGGCUACUCCUCCCUCGAGCUCUACCAAACAACCUCCACACCUGCCUGCUCGUGGCGGAAGCGCCUCGCGAACCCCGUGAAGCUAGCUGCCCUAUCUUACGACUCGGCUUACAUUGCGUCCGUCGGCCAUUACGACUGCCUAGUCAAGGUCUGGCGCCGGCUCACCUACGGUGCCGAUGGUGUGCGGUUCGACUUCGCCUACCUCGCGCAUCCCCAGCCCGUCACCCAGCUCCAAUGGCGGAGACCUUACCACGUCGGUCAAACGGUCGAAAACGUCCUUUACACAUUCUGCGCCGAUAAUACGCUCCGCAUCUGGACCGGAUCAGACAGCCACGGCCAACAGCAUGUACAGUUAUGGGGCACGGUCGACCUAGCGGCUUCAAUCCAGAAUAGCUCCCUCAGCUCUAGAAGGUCGCGUCUUCGCUGGAGUCUGAUGUUGCAUGGUCGAGAUUUCGCUGCUGCCGUCGAAAGCGCCGUCCUCGAAGGAGAGCCGUCGUCAGAAAACGGCCAGUCUGCCCUGCGGCACCUCAUUGAUGUCGCAAACAGAAGCCCUGAAGUUUGUCUCGUCUUCGACGGGCGUGGACGAAUGUCCGCUUGGGGAUUCGAAAAUGUCGGGUCCAAGUCGUAUGGUUCGGCCAAAAUCUUCAACAUCAGCCAUGUGACAUCCAGGGACUUUGAUUUCAUACAAGGGCUCCCUGAUAAUUCAGUUCCUCAUGUGGAGGCCUACGCUUACUGCAGUAAGCCAGGCGGGCAGUUGCGCCUCCUCAUGCAUUGCUUUGAUGGCAAAGUAGAGGUCUACCAGAGCGACAUCGCCCGUUUUCUGGAUGUCGACCCGAAAGUGAACCACCUGUCACUCCGGUGCAUCUGGUCGGGGCACUCGGCUCCCGUGAGAAAGAUGAAUCGAAACUACAGCGGCCGGGCUAUCGUGUCCAGGACUGCGGACGGUGAGAGCAUCGUCUGGAAGCAUACUCUAAACAGCAAGCAACCGGCACUCUCCCGCCAAACCCUGAUUCCCGAGGCCGGACAUGUCCACCGGAUAUGUGUGUUCAGAAAAGGCCGCUUCGUCGUCUUCCUCUAUCAUGACAGGGUCUGCUUGUGGCAUUGUCACGAAUUCACACCCAAGCUCGUGGCCCAGUGCCAGUAUACUGUCACCGGGAAGCCCCUGUGUCUACUCAUUCUCCCUCGAGAGAAGGCGGAGGACUACACUACGGCUCACGUUGCCACCAUCACUUCGGAGAAGCAUGGGAUUGUCUGGGAGGUGAAGCUCCCCCCCUUCUUGCCGGAUGACGGCGCUCUCCCUGUGACCAACGGACCCCAAGCUGCUCCGAGCAUUAGCGAAUUCUUCAGGUUUGACUUGGGAGAGGAUGGCAAUCUCGCCUACGUAUUACCGGUUGACCCGGCAGGGUCUCCAUCCAUCAUCUCCGGAUUCUUGGACGUGUUCGCUCGAGACGUGGCGAUAUCGUACACGCAUUCGGGCAAGGUCCAGUUCUGGACCGCACGGGUCGACCAGAGCCGGAACCGUGUGGAGUGGUUGUCGACCAGCUCGAUGGAGACGGGCCUGUCGGAACCAGCUCUGGUCAGUGGGAGCACAAGGAAGAAGGCGGCGCUGGUGAACUCGAGCCGUACGGCGGUGACCAUUUGGGAUAUCCGUGGCGCGCGGCUGGAGUAUUCGCAGGAUUUCGAGAGUCAUAAUACCAUCCAGGAUCUCGACUGGACGUCAACCCCCGACUCGCAGUCAAUUCUUGCCGUGGGGUUCCCGUAUCGGGUUCUACUUCUCUCCCAGAUGCGCUUCGACUAUCUCAACAAGGGUCCCGCAUGGGCACCGAUCAGGGAGAUCAAUAUCCGCGACUUUACACCACAUCCCAUUGGGGACUCUACGUGGCUCGGCGAUGGGCACCUUGUCAUCGGUGCUGGCAACCAACUCUACGCCUACGAUAGGCAAUUCGACGUCUCAAGCUCCCUCGUCACCAGCCUCCGAUUACCCCAUCGAAAGGACGGCAUGUGGGACUUGUUCGACGUCGUCCAGCGCCUCAAUGGCCCGCUACCCGUCUUCCACCCCCAGUUCCUCAGCCAGUGCAUGCUGUCCGGCAAGAUCGACUUGGUGCAUUCCAUCCUGAUGGCACUGCACAAGACGCUCAAGUUCUGGAUUGAAGGCGAGACCAUCGACGACUAUCUCGGAAUGGAUUUGGAGCGGUUCUAUGCUGGAAGCGGCUCGACGGCGGGUGGUUCCGCGCGGCGCGAUUUGGGCUCGCACUUCAACCGCCGCAUGUCCUACGACGACGGCGAAGAGACGUUCACCGAGGAGAUAGCGCUGCUAAUCAACGAGAAGUUGACCAAGGUAGGACUCCCGCAGCUAUCGGGCCACGAGCAGAUCCAGCUGGUGGAUAUCGUCGAGUGCGUCGGGCUGGUCGAGAAGCAGAGGCGGUCCCUGGAUGAGAACGGGGCUCGCUUCAUGCUCUUCUUCCGCCAGCACGCGCUGCGCAGGCGGCGGACCAACGAGAUCCACAUGUCGUGGAGAGAGAUCAACUGGGCCUACCAUUCCACAAGCCAGGAUAUCCUGGUCGACUUUGUGUCGCGGCAGCACCAAGGGACUCUCCUGUGGGAGCAUGCCAGAGAGAGCGGCAUGUUCAUGUGGCUAACAGAUAACACUGCCGUCAGAACGCAAUUCGAAAUCAUUGCGCGCAACGAAUACACGCGGAGCGAGGUCAAGAACCCCAUUGACUGCAGCCUCUUCUACCUGGCGCUGAAGAAGAAGGCUGUGCUUCAGGGUCUGUGGCGCAUGGCGAGUUGGAAUCGCGAACAGAAAGCUACUCAAAAGCUCCUGGCCAACAACUUCGACGACCCCAAGUGGAAGACCACGGCGCUCAAGAAUGCAUACGCCCUAAUGAGCAAGCGGAGAUUUGAGUAUGCGGCUGCCUUUUUUCUCCUCGCCGACCAUCUGCAAGACGCCGUCAAUGUUUGCCUCAAUCAACUGAAGGAUCUCCAGCUAGCCAUCGCCGUGGCUCGUGUCUACGAGGGCGAUCAGGGUCCUGUGCUGAGACGGCUGCUAGAAAACGAAGUCCUCGUUAUUGCAGCCCAGGAAGGCAAUAGAUGGCUGGCCUCUUGGGCUUUCUGGAUGCUGCACAGGAGGGACAUGGCAGUCCGUGCCCUAGUGACACCGGUAUAUACGCUAUUGGAGACUCCCGGCUCUCCGGAUCUCAGAUCCAAGCUGUUCCUCACCGACGACCCAGCCCUCGUCAUCCUCUACGCCCAACUGCGGCAAAAGACGCUGCAGACGCUGCGCGGGGCAUCGAAAGUGACGCCGAAGGUGGAGUGGGAAUUCGUCCUGCACAAUGCAGGGCUCUACGACCGCAUGGGCUGUGACCUCCUCGGUCUCGAUCUAGUCCGGAAUUGGGAGUUCCUACGCCCCGCCACGAGCAUCUCCCCCGGUCUGGGCGGCGAGAUCGACCCGCUCAAGCUCCUCAAGCGCAGGAGCUCCCUGGUCGUGGCGGACCUGGACCUCCCGGUCUCGCCAACGAGGACAAAGGUGCCGGCCGAUAUGAGGACCGGCGGCGGCCACCAUGCCCAGCAACCGCCCACUGUGUUCGAGGAGCCCGAUUCGAACUCGCUGUUGGAUAGUUUCGGCUUCUAGGGAGUAGACCCUAUUCGGGGAGUUGUAGCGUCCUAGGAUGCGUUUGUGGGGAGCGGGAGGCGAGGGAACAACUUGGUGGAUAUAUCCCAGUCAGAACAGCAAUGCAUCGAACUGGGAAUAGAUGUGUGUUAGUUGAAGACUGGAACGAGUAUAAUCUGUAUAGUAGUGUAUAUGUAAUUAACAAGGCGGCGCUAUGUUAGUAUAUAUGCAAUUCGACAUGGAGUUGUAAAUGUGGAGUUAUACGGAAUACCUGCCCCGAGACUAAGCGUGUGC